UACUGAAGAUAUGUCCUAAAAAUUUGAGUCAAAAAUUAUGUAAAGUAUCUAAAUACUAAUUUAUCAUGAAUCUUACCUACGUAUAAAUAUGAACACUUUCUUCGUUCGACGCAGUUCCUUUUCUUUUGGUAGUGGCGUCCAGUUUUCGAGGACAGUCCCACCAAAGCACAGAUUUCCUUUGCGUCUGGCUGCUACUCUCUAUGUGAUCCAGAAUUCUAUGUUCAAUGCUCCAAAUGUCGGCCCAUGUAGGCCGUUCAGUUGUAAGGUAAUCAAUAAUUUGUAUACCUCUAUAACUAGAAAACACCCUCUUAGAAUUCGGUCGUACUCGUUUAGGGUGUCGGCGAGGAUACUUAGACUUGUAGAUUUCCAAAAGGACUGAAAGUUCAAAUCUCUGGAGUUUAUUCUUAUUGCGGUUGUCUAAAGUCCAUAGUUCACAGCCGUGAGUGAGGAUUGGCUGGAUGAAAGAUUUAUAAAGUUGGUAUUUGACUCUUCUGCGCAGCUUUGGAUUAGUCAACAGAUUCCAGUGGUCGCGGCACCACCUGCGAGCGCAUCGAAUCCGCAGGGAGAUUUCUGAGGACGUAUGUCUCACUGAUAGAAAAUGAUCAAGACGCUGGAGUUCUAUUUGCAUUCUAGUAUUUCAAAAAUACUCUGUGCUCCUUAAUUUAAUACUAGAUUCAAGCUUUUGUUGCACCCGAUUGGCAGUAUAUUUUUUCGACAAAGGUUCUAGAUGACACCAAAGCAUAAAUAAAAGAGACACAUGCACAUAAUCAACAUGAAGGUAAUAAACAAUGAGGUUGAAAACCCACAGAAUAAUGAAAAUGUAAUAAAAAAGGUAAAUACAUUACACGAUUAAUAAUAGGACCUACCGUACAGAAAAUUCACUAAUACCGACACCACCCAAUUGGUCUUAGCGACCCUGAAGUUAGUUAUCCUGAUGAACAAAACAUACUGCCGAAAUUAUAAUUUUAAUCAGUAUAAUAGAUACUUACCUGGAUUUGUCCCUUAUCGUUCUGACUUUAACCUACUUCAUUUAAUUGUGUUAUGUUUUCAUCUACCCUUAAAUGUCUAAGCAUUCCGUCUCGUUUUAGUUUAUUUACUAUGACGGUAAUAACAAAUAGAUGACCUAUUACGAAACUAAAUUACUAUUGAUUAAUCAAAUUCCUAUUAGCCAAUAGCGCGAUUAUAGCAGCUUCAUUGCGUUCAUUGUUAUGUUGUUUAAGUAAUCUUACGUACUUAAACUUCUGUAAGUUUUGUGAUAUCUAUAGUUAAAUUAAUUGACUUGGACAUUCCUGCCUAAUAAAAUACCGUACUGUGGUUUGUUUCAAAUACACUAUACGCAAGGUUAUGUAGCAUAGUUUAUACCGAUGAAAGUUUCCAUUUUAUAGAUCAACAACUUCCUUGAACUGUACCCUAAUACUUGGAGUUGCUGUAACAAGGAUUGUUUACAACCCUUAUCACUAACGUAGCCGCUUAGUUAAUGUAAGUUUUCAUAACAAGACGUCAAACCUAUUGUACCAACAUUGUUUUCAACUCCAAAAGCGGUUCAAUUUAUGUUCUGGCUUACAAUCCACUAUGAAUAUUAAUCUAAAUUUAUUGCUACUUUUCUCUGUAUACGGAUUGUCAGACGAGUGUUUUUUGACGGAAGUAAAGAGUCUGUUGGAAGGAUGCGACCACUUGACGGGUCUGAAUAUCACCAGUGUCGGGGGGACGAUAGUCGACGAUCACAACUGUGACGUGCUGCUGCCGAAGCAAGUGUUUAUUGAAGAACCAUUAUUCCAAUAUGACUUGGCUGACUCGAAAAAAUACUACACCAUUUUUAUAGUGGACCCAGAUGCUCCGCCGCAGUUGGACGGAGAGUUUUACCUUCACAUGCUGAAAUUCAACGUUCCAGGUUCUGCUUUAAAAGCUAAGGAGGGCAGUAAAACCAAUGGAGUCGAUUACCGCCCUUACAGACUCCCAGCGCCACCUAUCGGCACAGGCGCGCAUCGCUACAUGACGUUGCUGUACGAGCAAGCCGACGGCAACAACUUUCUUCCGCACGCUGGGCUCAGCCGCCACCGGUUCUCCAUCUCGGAUUGGAUGCGCGGCAAGAACCUCUGCGGUCCGGUCGCGGCGACGCAGUUCCGCGUGCAGUACUAGAUGGCGCUAUGUAAUACUAAUUCCGUGGGCAGUUCUAGGUAGCGCCACAUUCCUUCUAACAGCAAGAAUAUUUUAUUUUCCCAGUCUUAAACAAGAGGUUUACCAGCUCGACUGUUAAAUAGGUCACAACCAAGAAAAUAUUGCAGGAGACAUCUCUCUAGAACUAUCCAAACGGAAAAAGAUGAGUUUUUUGGGCUGGUGGUACAAGCAGCACGUCUAGUACAUCACAAACAUCAUGCUUCGUCUCGAACGAGUUAACAUAUGAAGUCGCGCGCGACAAGGUGAGGCGUGCUAGACAUGCAGGACACGUGUGACAACUGUGGCAAGGGGAGCGCUGAGAGGUAGGCACCUAUCCAUGGAAGCACCUACCUCUACCUCCUAGGCCCCUACGCUACCAACACACGUGUGGAUAACAAAUUAAUGUAAAAUAAAGUUUUAUAAUAUCAAGAAAUUUAA